GUAAAAUAAACACAAGGAGCCAAUUUACGGACAUACCAAAGCUUGAAAAUGGCGGCGUUGGAGAUGGAGCUGUCAAAGAAAAAAUACGAUUAAAUAAGUGGUUUAGCAGAAACGAAGAAAAUUGAAUCGAUAUGCCUUCGCAAAAAACAAGGUCCAAGGAAGACACCUGGACACCAGAUGAGUUAAACAAAGCUCUUAGCAAGACAAGGUCCAAGGAAGACACCUGGACACCAGAUGAGUUAAACAAAGCUCUUAGCAAGACGAGUGAAAGAAGACACCACAGAGACAGGGAUGAAGACCGAAAGAGAGACAGAAUUAAUGGAGAUGAGAGGCAGAGACGCCAUAAGGAGGAGGAUUCAGACAGAAGACGCAAGCAUAGAGAUGAGGAUGAAAAUGGAAGAGAUGUCCGUUUAACAGAGGAGGAACGUGACAGACAGAGGGAAGAACGCAGACGUAAGCGAGAAGGAAAAGACGGCCUUACCAGCAGAGAAAAGAAAGGGAGAGAAAUUCAGUUUAGAGGCAAAUCUGACAACAGAGAUGUAGAACUCAAUGACGUUGAUGAGAACGACUCUGAUGAUCGCAGGAGACGUCACCAUGGUGAUAGAGAAAGGCGACACCACGAUGACGGUGAUCGUGAAAGACGACGUCACGACCGAGAACAACGGAAUCGUGAUGAAGACGAUGACAGAGAAAGACGUCGCCGGCACAGAGAUGAUGAUAACGAUCGAGAAAAAAGGCGGAAACACAGAGAUGAUGAGGAUGAUGGUUUAGAAAGACGCCGAAAACAUCGUGACGAUGAUGACAGGGAGAAAAGACGAAAACAUCGUGAGGAAGAAGAUGAGGAUGACAGAGAGAGGAGGCGAUUGGAAAGAAGAAAGGAAAGAGAAAAACAGGAGGAAGAGGAAAGGAGAAGAAGACAUGAAGAAAAGAGAGAAAGAAGAAAAGAAGAAGACAGAAAGAAGGAUAGGGAAAGAGACAGAGAUGAACGGUCAGAUAGACACAGAGAUAGGAAAGACAGAGACAGGCAUAAAGAGAGUGAACGAGAGAAAGAAGAGAGACGAGAGCGGGAGAGAGAGGAACGAAGGAGAGAAAAGGAAGAAAGACACAGACAGAAGGAAGACAAAAGUAGCAGAUCGAAGCAGAAAGUAGAGGAGAAGAGAGAAGAAGAGGAGGAUGAGUAUAAUUAUGAGGAAGAUUUUGAGGAUUAUGAAGAAGAUUUUGAAGAUGAGGAGGAAGAUGAAGAAGUUAGCAGACCUAGAAAUGUUCAGCUAACUCAAGCACGUGCACAUAACCAGACCACAGUCCUGAAUGUAUCACUCGGUAACAAGGAGUCGAUUCACAAAAAGGAUCAAGCAGGCUCACGUCUAGACUACUCUGAUUCAGAAGUGAAUGACGUAUUGAGAGCAUUAGAUGCUGAGAAUGAAAGAUUGUUAAACAGUUCAUCCAGAAGUCCACAGGUGUCUGCAAAAUAUGGUAGGGAGCGGGGUCAUGGAGACUCGGACAGAGAUGAAGACAGUGACGACGGCUACCAGAAAACUUACCAACCCCGCAUGGAUAGACCUCGUACCGCUAUCAAUUUUGUCUCGGCAAAACAACGAGCAGUCAGUCGUAAAACUGCAAGUAAAACGAUGCAGCGCGGAAAAGACCUUCUGAAAAUGUUGGAGUUGGAUUAUGCCAGCUUCGACAUCCUGGAUCUACCUCCAGUCAAUGAAUAUGACCUGUACAUCAGAGCAUUUGGAAGUUCUGAUACCAGACAGGCUUAUGUACAAACAAAUGAUGAUAACAUUGAUAGAGAUAUACAGACGGAGGAGAUAGAUGCCAGACAGAAAUGGACACAGCAUCCACCAGAGGACUUCAACGGAUGUGGAAGGGGAGAUGGAGAGAAAGAUAUAGAGGAUGCAGAUGCAGAAGAAGAAUCUCAGAGUAAAUACAACAGAGAACAAGAUCUCAGCAGGCUGAAUAGGUUCCUGGAGAAGGCAGGACAGGUGAUUGCCAUACUGCUGGAAGAGGGCAAAGAGGAAGAAACAGGGUCUAAAAGUCAAAGUCAGACACAUAUCAAUGUGAGUGAGGGAUACACACGGCUUGAAGUGUUACCUAUACUUCAGGAUCGACAUGUGAUAUUUUCACACUUCUCACCUGUACAGCCAAAUCUGUUACUCACUGUAUAUAGCCCACCACCUCAGAUAUCUGAAGAAAAUCCAGUCUCUAAGAGGGGUAUAAUUUGUGUUUGGAAUACAAAUGAGCCAAGCUUCCCACAGAAGAUUUUAGUGUGUAGCAGUCAGCCAAGGUGCUGUUGUUUUAGUCCCGUUAAACCGUCGCUAGUCUUUGCGGGCAUGGUGGACGGUUCCAUUGCUAUGUGGGACCUGAGGGAACCAAUGUCAAUACAUCAACCAACCUUUGUCAACGAUGAGUCUUACUCUCUCAGAUAUCCUACAUAUGAUACAGCAUGUGUCUUGAAAGAAGAAAAUCACCAUAGUCCUGUCUCCUCAAUCCUUCCAAUAUAUUCUUACAUAGAUACGUCAAAGACAGAUGGGGCACAGUCCAAAGCAUCAGAAGAUACAUCUUCUGGGUUGUCUUUCCAGCUAGUCUCAACUGAAGAAAGUGCUGUUUUACAUUUCUGGGUUGUGGCUGAGAUAGGCAUACCAGAAAUAGCAGGGUCAGAAAAUGAUCUGGGUCUUGCGCCAGGGGCUGGUGUUAAAUUGCUCAAAAGUUCUUCACUUACUAUGAGCAAUCCGUCCAAAGAUACAAGGUUACAGUCAGGAUUACGAGCAUUAGAUAUGUCACUGAUGCCUAGUGAUCCCAAUCAUUUCUAUGUAGCCACAGAUUCUGGUUGUAUUUUACAUGGAAUAAGGUUUGGAAAGAGAACCUUUCCCCGUGCUCAUUCUCCUGUGAUAGAUACCAUUGUUGAUGUUGUUUCUAUUGAUUUUUCACCAUUUGAUCAGCCUUGUUUUCUAACUGGUUGCUCAGAUGGAACAUUUUCACUUUACCACACAAAAUCAGAGAAUCCUCUGAUAACCUGGCCUACUAUAACUAAAGGUCAAGCAGUGCAGUGUAUAAGAUGGUCGCGGAGCAGACCGUGUGUGUUUUACGUGCUUGAUGUUACAUCUACUCUAUAUGUGUUUGAUCUUUUGGAGGGAGAUGUUCAACCUAAAUAUAUCGAAACAAUAUCAAAAGAAAGAAUAACGAGUUUUUCUCUAACAACUGUCCAGCGCCCAGAUGGUCUUGGAUCUUCUGGAAAAGAUGCACAAAUGCUGUUUAGUUUUGAAGAUGGAAAAACAGAGAUUCACACCAUUACCAAAUCACUGAGAGUUCCGGAACAGCUUGAGACGGACUAUCUCGGCAGUUACCUACAAAGAUUCUGAUAGUAAUAAGCAUUCUUUAUAAAUGGUAAAACAUUACCAAAUCAGUAAGAGUUCCGGAACAGCUUGAGACGGACUAUCUCGGCAGUUACCUACAAAGAUUCUGAUAGUAAUAAGCAUUCUUUAUAAACAGUAAACCAUUACCAAAUCACUGAGAGUUCCGGAACAGCUUGAGACGGACUAUCUCGGCAGUUACCUACAAAGAUUCUGAUAGUAAUAAGCAUUCUUUAUAAAUGGCAAAACAUUACCAAAUCACUGAGAGUUCCGGAACAGCUAGAGACAGACUAUCUCGGCAGUUACCUACAAAGAUUCUGAUAGUAAUAAGCAUUCUUUAUAAAUGGCAAAACAUUACCAAAUCACUGAGAGUUCCGGAACAGCUAGAGACAGACUAUCUCGGCAGUUACCUACAAAGAUUCUGAUAGUAAUAAGCAUUCUUUAUAAACAGUAAACCAUUACCAAAUCACUGAGAGUUCCGGAACAGCUAGAGACAGACUAUCUCGGCAGUUACCUACAAAGAUUCUGAUAGUAAUAAGCAUUCUUUAUAAAUGGCAAAACAUUACCAAAUCACUGAGAGUUCCGGAACAGCUUGAGACGGACUAUCUCGGCAGUUACCUACAAAGAUUCUGAUAGUAAUAAGCAUUCUUUAUAAAUGGUAAAACAUUACCAAAUCACUGAGAGUUACGGAACAGCUAGAGACAGACUAUCUCGGCAGUUACCUACAAAGAUUCUGAUAGUAAUAAGCAUUCUUUAUAAAUGGCAAAACAUUACCAAAUCACUGAGAGUUCCGGAACAGCUUGAGACGGACUAUCUCGGCAGUUACCUACAAAGAUUCUGAUAGUAAUAAGCAUUCUUUAUAAAUGGUAAAACAUUACCAAAUCACUGAGAGUUCCGGAACAGCUAGAGACGGACUAUCUCUGCAGUUACCUACAAAGAUUCUAAUAGUAAUAAGCAUUCUUUAUAAAUUGCAAAACAUUACCAAAUCACUGAGAGUUCAGGAACAGCUAGAGACAGACUCUUACAAUAUAUCAGUCAUUCUUGAUAUGGUACUUUGUGGUCAUACAGUCGACAAAGGAAAAUGGGAUUUUAGAAAGUUCCAAAACUGAGAAAUGUCUUUAUGCUUUAUUGUCUAGAUUAAGAAAUUUCAGCUUUCAGCUGAUAAGAUACAUAGGUUAUUAGAGUUAUGGCUUCUACUUUUGGAACUGACCAAUAAAACUGGAAAUUAAGUACUUAUGUAAACAAGGGAUUUCUUCAAAUACACCAACACCGUGAAACUGCCCAAGUAAAUUUCCUCCAUAUUUUUACAGAGAAAAUCGUGGAAAUCUAUUUUCGAAGUACAAGUUAUGGGGAACAAAACUUUAAAUCAUUCCAUGUUAUUAUUUUUAUGUGUAAAAACUGUGAUAAUUGUUAAUUAUAUAAUAGGUCUUUGCUUGACUAGUGAAAAUUUGUUCCUUAAUUGGUAGUAAAAUAUUUAGUAUAUUUAACAGACGUACAGUAAGACUUCAUUAUAUUAAACUCAUUGAAAUCUCAGAUAUCAAGAACACAUUGCUUAGGUUAUAAGAAACACAUUUCAUGGGGCCUCUGUGGCCGACUGGUUAAGAUUGCUGACUUAGAUCACUUGUCCCUCACCGAUGUGGGUUUGAGCCUUUAUAGGGGCAUUGAAUUCUUUAUGUGAGGAAGCCAUCCAGCUGGCAUACAGAAGGUCUGUGGUUCUACUUGGGUGCCCGCUUGCAAUGAAAUAAUGCACUGUGGGGCACCUAGGGUCUUCCUGCACCAUCAAAAGGCUUUUUAAAGCUGGAAAGUCACCAUAUUAUAUGACCUAUAAUUGUGAGGUUUUAACUUUAAAGCCAACAAAAACAAAUAAAUAUUUCCGCAUCCGAUUCUGUCUAUAUAGUUAACAUGUACCCAUUCCAAGUUUCUUAACUCUGCAACUAGCAGUGAAAUGUUUUUUAUCCUGAUUCAUUGAACCAUUGCUAAAAGAGUCAGAAUCCUUUAGUCCCUACCAGUUUUGCUACAUCCAAGUUUUCCUUUACCUAGCUUUCAUUUUUGAAUCACAAUGGUGCCUUCAUGAGAAAUUGAAAUUUAUGGAAUACAUACUUGGAACAUGGAAUCUCGAAUUCCUGGGGACACAGCAUUUUACUUCGAGAUAAUCCAGUAGUUAUACAUUAUAAUAGCUCAAACUCAAGUUUAACAUGAUACCUUUUACAAGUGCUUUAUAGGAGGGGACCUGAAAAUUUCUUUGAGGUUGUCAGAAUUUCAAGAUAAGCAAGUUAAAGAUACCAGGUUUCAGUUGUAUAUAUUUGUGAAAGUUUGAAGUAUAAAGAAAUGUUUAGUAUUAUUUUCUGCCUUUAUCAGUUAAUGUAUUUAUUUUACUAGCGUAAAGCAUAUUGCAUUGAAAAAUGUUGUACACCAUAAGAAAUACAAACUACCGAUAUAAAAGCUCGCUGUUAUCAUAUAAAGUGGUAAACUGAAAACUGACAUCUUUUGCAUUCCGUGUGUAGUGACAUUUUAUUUCAGCUUUUGAUACAUGAAAUAUGUAAAUUACUGACUGCUGUGAUAUUUUGAUGUAGUACAUAUUAUAAUGCUAGUCGACGAGUCCUAAAUGUUGACAUCAAUAGAAUGUAAUAUUUUUGAAGAAUGAAUGUUUGUUGGAAAAAUUGGAAUCAUUUUUUGUUUGUGAGAUUUUUUUUGUUCAUUGAGUUUGUUGUAAUUGUAUCACUUAAGAAUAAAUGAACUUUUUUAAAGGUUUAUUGAAUAAUAAUUCUGAUUAGCUAUCUUCAUUAUGAUUUCUGGGACAUCCGUGGCCGGGUGGUUGAGGUCGCUGGCUUGUAAAUCACUUGCCUGUCGCUGAUGUGAAUUCAAAUUGCUUGGGGUAUAGAAUUCUUUUAUUUGAGGAUGCAGUCCAAUUUGCUUGCAGAAGGUCUGUGGAUCUUUGUCAACAUUAUCUUGUGACAUCAUUUAAUUAUACCAGGUUGUCUGUUCAUAUUAAAGUACCUAUUUCAUAUAUUGUUGCAUUUUAGAAGGGGAUAGUUCCUCUGAUAUGAAUCCGUCCAUAUUUAUAGAUCUAUAUUUGAUGUAAUGCAUAUCAAAUUUUUUUUUUGUUCAAAUGAAAUAUUAGAUAGAAGUUGUUUUUCAGUUAGGGUUUUGAGCUGGAUCUAUUGUCCAUCUGUGUACAUCAGUUUUAAGAAGAUUGGAGUUGUUUUAGACAUGAUUGUGUUUAAAAUUCAUGAUACAUGUAGCAAAAAGAAUAUUCACGAUUUAGCAGAUACUGAAUUUGUAUACCUUUUCUUAUACUAGAUUAUUGUUACCUUAUGCUAUUUAUUUCAUUUCUAAUAAAAAUUGUGAACUGA